CAGUUGGUGGCUUCAUUUUUAAUCAACCAAACUAGACAAACCGGUAGUUUUAGGAGGAAAAAGGCAACGCCAAUUGCAGGGUUCUGUCAGAAACCGCUUCGAACCGGUUUCUUGUCUGGGGGUUGGAUCCUAUAAAAACGCACCAAGCUGGCAGCAGCCUAUUCAUUUAAGUCACAGCAGAAGUGGAUAGGAUAGGCAUUUUUAAACGGGCGCUCCAUUUUCUUGCAACAGCGAGUGUAGAUAUUUGAAUAACAAAGGCAAACAGCGUAGCGUUAUCGUGCAAGUUAAGCGACAGCCAUUGAUUCUAAAAGAAGCCAAGUUAUUUGUUGAAGGGAAGCUCGUUUGCAUGAAGAGUUAGUGGUACACAGCGUGGCUGUAGAGUAUACAAAGCAGGUGAGUCAGGGAGUACAGGGUUCGGGUACUAGUACCACCGUAGAGAACAACGAUCCUCCGCGGUUACCUCCGGCUACUGCUAUAAUGUGCAACCGACUUUGGUUCAUCACCGACCGUAGGAUUGUUGAGGAGUACCCGCAGCAAGAAAUCCUCAGGGCUCUACAGACGCGCUGCAGCGAUGAAGAUAUCGAAUUCAAAAGGGUUUUAAUGGACGAGAUUGUGAUUACCAUCGAACAGGGGCUUUUGGGUCUGCGUGUCAAUGGGGAAUCAGUGUCCUCCUACCCCCAGGUGGCAGUAGUGAGAGUUCCCACCCCCUGGAUUCAGAGCGACAGUGACAUUACCGUUCUGAGACACCUGGAGAAGAUGGGCUGUCGCCUCAUGAACAGGCCGCAGGCCGUGCUGAACUGUGUCAACAAGUUCUGGACCUUCCAAGAGCUGGCUGGGCAUGGAGUUCCACUGCCAGAUACCUUCUCCUAUGGCGGUCACGAAAACUUUGCUAAGAUGAUUGACGAGGCAGAAGCGUUGGAAUUCCCCCUAGUCGUGAAAAACACACGAGGACACCGAGGCAAAGCUGUUUUCCUGGCUCGUGACAAGCCUCACCUGUCGGACCUGACUCACUUGAUCCGUCACGAUGCCCCCUACCUGUUCCAGCAGUACGUGCAGGAGAGCCACGGGCGGGACGUGCGGGUCAUCGUGGUCGGAGGGCGGGUGGUGGGCACUAUGCUGCGCUGCGCCACCGACGGGAGAAUGCAGAGCAACUGCUCUCUCGGUGGUGUUGGCAUGAUGUGCUCGCUGAGUGAGCAAGGCAAGCAGCUGGCUGUCCAAGCCUCCAACAUCCUGGGAAUGGACGUCUGUGGCAUCGACCUCCUGACCAAAUCGGAUGGCUCCUUCAUGGUGUGCGAGGCGAAUGCCAAUGUGGGUUUCAUCGCCUUCGACCGGGUCUGUGGACUGGACGUGGCCGGGGUCAUUGCCGACUACGCGCUCUCGCUGCUGCCCUGCAGGGGCCUGCUGACCAGACGCAUGUCCCUGCUGUCCGUGGUGUCCAGCACCAGCAGCGAGGUCAGCGAGGAGGCAGACCCCCCCGGCCCCGUCCUUCCUGGGGACGGGCUGUCCAACACGUCCCUGGAUAGCAAUGAAGAACAGCAACUGCAGCAAGCUAGUUUUAAUAUCAAUAACAUCAAUCAGCUCAACCUCCUGGUGGAAUAAUGCAGCAUGAAGUUAAAUAACUGGCAACUCUCCUGGCUUGACCCCGAUACCAUAAAAGAACCACUUCAAUUGAAAUACGCAUUUCACGAAUGUUCCACAACCCUAACUACGCCCUGCCUUUUUGCGUGGAGCUGUAUGCAAUACCUCCAUCUCAAAACUAAGCCAUUGCAUAUCAAUCUGAGCUAUUCCUGGAUUUACUGUUGAGCCUAUUUUGAGUUUAGGAGAAACUUGGAAUGGCUCAAACAGCUCUGCAAUGGGAGUCUCCUCUCGCUAAAACCCAGUUUUCAGGCUAGCGCCGCAUGGUUAUUUUGAUUGUUUUGCUGCUUUAUAACUUGGCAUGCUGCCCAGAUUGGUGUCUGCUAUUGCUGGCAAAACCAAAUUCCCUUGUGAUCCAGCCAUAUUUACCAAUCAUUGGGUAGGGCCAGGUCUUUGGAAGCCCCUUUUCGAGGUUCUUUUCUCUUAUGGUAGCUAGAGUGAUCCCUAUUUAAGGAACCUGCCGUUUUAGUAAUGCAUUGUGUAAAGAAAGAAGCAAUCUAUGUGUAGUUAAGGGGUGAUUGUAUAGAUGUAUUGAAGUUCAUUUCAGUGCAGUUAGGGUGUGCUGUAAAACACUCUGGGGAACUGCUGUCUUUUUUUUUUUUUUUUUUUUUUUUUGCAUGACAUUCUGACAACUGAUAGGCUGGUAAGCAAAACAGCAGCUUCACACACCAAAGGUAAAUAGAUCCCUGGCAUGGUUAGUUAUGUUGUGGAAUGUGCUUCAAAUUUUAAUGACAUUGAUACAUUUUAAUAACUACAGAACUGGCUCCACCCUUGUUGACAGUACCUGAAGCCACUGGAGGACAAACAGGACAGGCCAGGUCCCUAAAACUUCCCAGGUCUGACUCUGUGUGCGUGUUCUGCGGGUCGGAUCCGCAGAACUGCAAAGUUCUCUUGCUAGUUCAUCCGUAACAUUAAAUGCUUAGCCCAACAUACAUGCACACAAGAACAUCUGCUUUGCUGUAGUGGAGCUUUAUUUGGACACAAGCGGCUGAUAGUGACUAUCACCAAUAAACAUUACGUGGGAGGUCAUGACUUAAAUGAGUUUUGUAGUAAAUGCUAUAACUUGUUUCAUAACGAUUAAUACACGUUUCUGUCACGGCCUUGCAAUCAAAGGCGUAAAAUGUAAAAUGUUAUGGUGCCGUUUUUAUAAAGCAAUCCUUUCUGCUGUAGGGAGCAUGCUAUAAUAUAAUGCGUUCUAGUGCUUUUUAUGAAAUGCAGACACAGCAUCUACAUUUGCUUAUUGAACAAAAAAAAAAAAAAAGUUGGUGUGCAACACCCUCCUAAACCUUGAUAUUUCAAAGAAUUGUUUUACUCAAACAACCAUGCAAAUUAUUUUAAAUGACUAUUUGAAGAAAUAAAUCUGAUGCGUUAACACUUUCUUGUUCUGGCCUGACCUCCUACAGGUUUUCAUCACAAAGUAUUACAUGUAGAGAAGCUUUUGUAAGAUUACUGCUACGUUGUUUCCGUAACAUGUUAACCCUUUGUUUUCCAGAGAAUGUCAUAACUGAAUAAUACAACUUUAAUUUUAAGUGCAGUUGCACAAUUUAAGUUUUGUAAAUGGGUUAGUUGGUUGGUUUGGGGGGGGGAGGUGGAUUUUAUUUAUAACGAUUACUGUGUCAAACAUUUAUCUGUAUAAUACUGCAUUGUCAUUGCAGCUCCUUCUGGAAAAGCAAGGGUUACAUUGAUACAAUUUGUACUGGUAUAAUUUUUAUGAAAUACAUUGUCUGAAAUAUUCACAGUACAAAAUGUUCCAUUGAAUUGAUAUUAGUAGGGUCAAACUAGAUCGCAUAUAUGAUAACUUUCCUGAUGUGCACAUCCUACAGCUAACCACAGGAAAAUCUGUAUCCCAGACUGCUUGAAAGGGACCGAUUGUAUGUACUGAUGGCUGAAUCCAUGUACAGGAUUUAACACAUCUAUCUAAAGUAGUUUUUGUUUGUUCAGGCAGGUUUAGAUUUAACGAAGGACUCCGGUACUCCAAUAUCAAAACUCCAACAAAGUCUACUGGUGAACUGAGACUGCUUAGUAUGACAGAAUUGUAGUGGUGAAUGAACAGCUGGAUCUUCAUUUGUUUUCUAGAAUCAAUCUUAAUCGGCUUUGCAAAUUGUGUUCGGGUAAGGCCAACUGAAUGAGGUUGGCAAAAGUGAGUGGCAGUACUAAUUUCAAUUUGCAUAGCUCUUAUUACCAUUAUUAAAAGAAUGAGUACCUCCCAGUAUUUUAAUGCAGGAUAUUCAUGUUUCCAAUAUAACACACACAUUCCUGCAUCCUGGUACUAUUGCUGUAGGUUACAGGAAGUGACUAAACUUCUCAUCUAUAGCAUUGUCUUGGAAAUGCCUUUUGGGUUGGAAAUCUUAAUGUUGCUAUUACUUUAAAUACAUAACCAUUCCGGGAUCCUCCAUUUUGAAAGAGGUUUUUAACUUUGUGCACACUGCCAUCCAGUGGCCAUCUGUAAGAUAGCACUUAUAUUUUGGAAUAUGGUCAAAAACAUUUACAACUGGUUGCCAAAUGUUACUGUGGUCUUAAACUAAAUUCUGCUGUGUACAUUAUGACAUGCCCAUUAAGUGAUGUGGCUGCUGUUAUGAUAGGCCCUUGCUGACCGAUGCCCCUGUUUCAAAAACUCUUUGCAAUCUAUUUGAAUAGAAGGGACAGACAUUUUAUGGGAAAGCUUGUGUCUGCCUGAACAUUUUGGGUUUGUGGCCAAGCACUUGUGAUUAAUGAGAAACACUGUCUGGGGUGCUGCAUUUUUGCUUAGCCUACACAGCUCUUAAAUUUCCCUUGAUGAAAGCUCCAUACUUAUUUCUUGUGUAUUGGAUUUUAACAUUUGUUUUGUGUACAGUAUGUUUGUCUUUGUUUGUUUUUUGUUUUUAAAAAAAAAAACUAAUGUGAAAUGCAAUGGAUUGGAAAAUGAAUAAAUGCCUUCGAAAGAG